CGCGUUUCCAAACCGCUUUCCUCGGAUGUGUGAGUGCGCGAGCGUACGUUUCCGUCACAGUGUUGGUGUAACGCCGGUCAAUUCAUUCUUGCAGUCCGCUCUUUUCUUGCUUUCGUUCGCAUUUUCUUGCGUAGUGAAGGCAUCUCCGUUGGUUUUCGUCGUCUGCUGUUCUCGCGCUUCGGUUCAACGAUAGUGUGUGCCGCCAAAAAGACUCCUAUCGAAAAGUUGCUCAUUCACAAUUUUGAUAGCAUCAACAAUACAAAAAUAUGACCGAGGAAACGACCCCAGUUAAGAAGGGACGUGGACGCCCCAGAAAAAGCGAUGUGGCGGUAAAAGAGGCACCGGUGGAAAAAAAGAAGCCUCCACCACCACCACCGAAAGAAGUGGAGGAGCCCCUUGAUGCGAGUGAGAAUUCGGAAUCGGAGGAAGAGCGUUCGGUGUCGCCGCCGCCCCGUAAAAAAACACCGGUUGCCAAAAAACGCGAAUCUGAGGCCCACUCAGAAGCGGACAAGGAUGCAGCACCACCAGCGAAGCGAGGUCGCGGCCGCCCACCAAAGGCAAAUAAGAAGCCGAAACCGGUGCCAGUGCCUGGCCGUGGCCGUGGUCGUCCAAAAAAGAAUCCUUAAGCGAGGGAUGGGCAAUGAUGAUGUUACUCGUAUUAAUAAUUAUCGGACGAGCAAGGAAGAGAGGAGCGCAAGCUGACGAUGCAGGGAGGAUGAACGCUCUACCUUUCCUUCAACUAUCACACGCACGAGUAUCAGCAGUUAGUGUUAUUGACCGUAUUUUCCUAUUCGAUUCAUUUCCAUCAACAACUCACCACCAACCAGCGUUGUGCCUCUCUGUCAAUGUAUGUUACGUUUUCUCGCUUCCCCCGGACAGUUUUGGGGAAGGCCUAGACAAAGCGUCACUAGUUUGGGCGUACAAAUAGCAAAAAUGUUGCCGGUAGCGGCGAAAUUAAUCACCAAUUACACAUGUGUGCUGCUCCACACUAAGAAAAGAUAAAUCUGUUAAUUAGUUCAUGGCACCGGGUGAGGAGCUAGAUGGUAGAAUAUUGCGGGGAAAAACGUUUCGCUCUUACCGAUGGACGGGAAAUUCACCAUUGUUUUUUUUUCUUUCAUCAUAGCUACUGUUGUGCUCACAAGUAAUUGUUUUGUAGGGUAGAGACAAAUGCGAGGAUGCGUGUUUAUUGAAAUAGCCAGCGGAAGAAAACAAAAAACAAAAACACUAACAGCAGGGACACUCCACUAUUGUUUCAUUAAAUUACCUUCCACAUUGCGGAAAGUCCAUCGAAUGUCGCUCGCCACGUCUCACCGUCGAUUACACGUCCCCCUCUCACACUACAUCUAGCAGCAGCAGCAGCAGCCUUUUUCGAGUAAUCGACUUGUGAAAUGUACAAAUUGUAAUGGAACAGAUAGGCCAUAAAAUAAAUCGAUGAGCUCUCGAAAUUAA